AUGCCCGGCUCUUCGGGGAACGCUGGCUUUGCCUUCCGCCGCCUCCUCUCCGCCCACUCUCGCCGCGGUCUCCUGGCGGCGGCGGCUUUGUCUCGUGGGCUGGUCCCGGGCAGGCUCCCUCCCCCGAACAGCUGCCGCCUGAGGGAGGAAGCGGCGCGGGAGCUGUCCAUUAUCCCGGUGCUGAAAACUCGAGGCUCGUCAUCCACCACCACCACCAUAGUGGUGAAAUUCCGUCGCACGGGCGAGAGCGCAAGGUCAGAGGAUGACACGGCUUCUGGAGAGCAUGAGGUCCAGAUUGAAGGAGUCCGCACGGGCCUAGAGGCCGUGGAGCUGGACGAUGGGGCGGCUGUGCCCAAGGAGUUUGCCAAUCCCACAGAUGAUACUUUCAUGGUGGAAGAUGCGGUGGAAGCCAUUGGGUUUGGGAAAUUUCAAUGGAAGCUGUCUGUCCUCACCGGCUUGGCUUGGAUGGCCGAUGCUAUGGAGAUGAUGAUUCUGAGCAUCCUUGCUCCACAGCUGCAUUGCGAGUGGCAGCUGCCCAGCUGGCAGGUUGCCUUGCUGACCUCGGGGCUGAAGGUCAGCGUGCUGUGGACCCUGUACUAUGGCAUCCUCAGUGCAUUCGCGCCUGUGUACAGCUGGAUCCUGGUGCUCCGGGGCCUGGUGGGCUUCGGGAUCGGAGGGAUCCCCCAGUCGGUGACACUAUACGCUGAGUUCCUUCCCAUGAAAGCCAGAGCGAAAUGCAUUUUGCUGAUUGAGGUCUUCUGGGCCAUUGGGACCGUGUUUGAGGUGAUCUUGGCCGUAUUCGUGAUGCCCACCCUGGGUUGGCGUUGGCUGCUCAUCCUCUCUGCUGUUCCGCUCUUCCUCUUUGCCAUCCUCUGUUUUUGGCUGCCGGAGAGUGCAAGGUAUGAUGUGCUGUCUGGGAACCAGGAAAAGGCCAUCACGACCUUGAAGAGGAUAGCAACAGAAAAUGGAGCCCCCAUGCCACUGGGGAAGCUCAUCAUCUCCAGACAGGAAGACAGAGGCAAGAUAAGGGACCUUUUCACGCCUCAGUUCAGGUGGACAACUUUGUUGCUGUGGUUUAUAUGGUUUUCCAAUGCGUUUUCUUAUUAUGGAUUAGUUUUGCUCACUACAGAGAUUUUUCAAGCAGGAGACAUUUGCAGCAUCUCCAACCAGAAGAAGACGGUAGAGGCCAAAUGCAGCCUGGCCUGUGAGUAUCUGAAUGAGGAUGAUUACAUGGACCUGCUGUGGACCACUCUCUCUGAGUUCCCAGGUGUUCUUGUGACUCUGUGGAUUAUCGACCGCCUCGGCCGCAAGAAGACCAUGGCCCUGUGCUUUGCCAUCUUCUUCUUCUGCAGUCUCCUGCUGUUUAUCUGUGUGGGAAGAAACGUGCUCACUAUGCUACUCUUCAUUGCAAGAGCGUUUAUUUCUGGGGGUUUCCAAGCGGCCUAUGUUUACACACCUGAGGUCUACCCCACUGCAACGCGGGCGCUGGGCCUGGGCUCCUGCAGUGGCAUGGCAAGAGUGGGUGCUCUCAUCACACCAUUCAUUGCUCAGGUGAUGCUAGAAUCCUCUGUGUACCUGACGCUGGCAGUUUAUAGCAGCUGCUGCCUCCUGGCUGCUCUAGCCUCCUGCUUUCUCCCCAUCGAGACCAAAGGCCGUGGACUGCAGGAAUCCAGCCACCGGGAGUGGGGCCAGGAGAUGGUCGGCCGAGGGACGCACGGCACGGGCGUCCCCAGGUCAAACUCUGGCUCACAGGAGUAG